GGUUUAUUUGAAUUCUCAGUUCAUGUCUAGCCAUCAGCUGCAACGGUUCUCGUUAAUUUGCUCAUUGAUAAUUGAAUUAGUCUGCGUUGUUAGUUGGUGAUGUGUCUACAGAAGUAACGUAAAAGAAAGUCAUGAUGGAAAAAGUAGUAUCAAAAGGAUGCUAUGCAGUGCUCUUGACCUUUGCUCUGUUGUCCGUGGUCAGUGCCUCGUUUAUCAACCCGUAUGCACAGUUUAUGAAACGUGGAAUGUACUCAUCAGCACCCCGCUACAAAGGAAAUAAUGGCGAUCCGUUGUUCAUCACACCGUACCUGGAAGCCGGGAAAAUCAAGGAAGCCCAGACCGCAGCCCGAGUGAACCAUAGCCGUAUCGUUGGCUUUGAAAGCUACACGGGAUUCUUUACCGUUGAUAAGAGAUAUAACUCUAAUUUGUUCUUUUGGUACUUCCCUGCAAAGAACAACGCGGCCAAUGCACCGGUCUUGCUGUGGCUCCAGGGUGGACCAGGGGCUUCUUCCUUGUUCGGCCUUUUCGAAGAGAACGGUCCGUUCUUCAUCUCGAAAAAUCUGAAAGCCCUUCCACGAGAGUACUCCUGGCACAUUAACCACAACCUGAUCUACAUUGAUAACCCCGUCGGCACUGGGUUCAGUUUCACUGAUAACGAAGACGGAUAUGCACGGAAUCAAACCCAAGUUGGAGAGAAUUUGUACGAGGCCUUGAUUCAAUUCUUCCAGUUGUUCCCGGAACUGCAGAAAAAUCCAUUUUAUGCGAGUGGUGAAUCGUACGCUGGUAAAUAUGUACCGGCAAUUGGUUACACAAUCCAUAAGAAGAACCCAACAGCGAAGAUCAAAAUCAAUCUACAAGGUAUGGCCAUCGGUAAUGGGUACAGCGACCCUGUGAACCAACUUGACUACGGAGAUUAUCUGUACCAGCUGGGGUUGAUCGAUGUGAACGCGAAAGAGAGAUUUGAUCAUGAUGAAGCUGCUGCGGCGGAAUGCGUAAAGAAGAAUGAUUACCAGUGCGCUUUUCACUUCAUGGACGAGCUGUUGAACGGUGACGAGGAAGGCGCAUCAUUCUUCAAGAAUAUAUCCGGAUUCAACACGUACUACAAUUACCUGCACACAGCGGAGGACCCAAAGGAUGAGUUCUACCUUAUAGGGUUUUUGAAGCUAUCGGAAACUAGACGGGCGAUUCAUGUGGGCGAUCUCCCAUUCCACGAUCUAGACGACGAAAAUAAGGUCUUCAAGUUCCUGAAGCACGAUAUUUUGGAUUCGGUUGCUCCGUGGAUCGCAGAGCUGUUGUCGCACUAUCGAAUGAUGAUCUACAACGGCCAGCUGGACAUUAUCUGCGCCUACCCGAUGAUGGUCAAUUAUCUGAAAAACUUGCCUUUCGAUGGAGCAGACCAAUAUCGGAGCGCCGAACGGUACAUAUUUUACGUUGAUGGCGAAAUAGCCGGUUACUACAAGUUGGUGAACAACAUGCUGGAGGUGCUGUUACGAGAUGCCGGCCAUAUGGUUCCACGUGAUCAACCGAAAUGGGCGUACGCAAUGAUCAAUGCGUUCACAAAAACACUAGACUUUAUGCCAGAUGAUUGAAAUAAAUUGGUCAUUUUUUAAACCUA